AUGAACUUGUCUGACCUUGUUCAUAGAACUGCUGGUGACAAUAAUAAUAAAAACAAAGUGUUGACACCAAAUGGUAGCAGCAACAGAGAUAUUACCAACAACCUACGGUUAUCGCAGUCGAUGAAUGGAUACAGCAAUUCGCAUUUAUUUCAGCCAGAUGUAAUUGACCCAGCUGUUUCGCCAUCAAAUAUGUUUACAAAUUUCGCUAGGCAAGAUCAGCAGUUUCUGUUCUCUAUGCCAAAUACUGACUGGGUGAAUAACAACUUGUUCUUUAACAGCAAUGGUCUUAUGAGUGGACAAGAUCCUCUUAUCGAGCCAAUGAACCAGUCGACAUCUAACAGCGAUACGAACAACUCGUAUAUGAAGCAGAACUUUAUGCCAGCGAAUAUCAAUCACAACACAUCAUCACCAACGACAAUAACAGCUACAGCAACUAAUGCUACUCCUACGAUUGAUAAUAAUAAUAACAACUAUACCCAACACACGCCCACGCAGCAGCAACAACAACAUCAGCAUCAUCAGCAUCAGCAUCAGCAACAACAGCAAGCCAAGGGCUAUCCUUUGAUAGCUCCAUUUCAACGCAGUAUAUUUCAAAACUUUGACUUGAACAAUGGUCCGUCAGCACAACCCCCUCAAAACUUAACGACUCAUUUUCAUAAAAAUGAUCAUGUACAAUUUAAUACAAAUAAAUUCGUUACUACGACAACACCUGCAUCAGAGAUGAUCAGCGCAUCAGUGGCGACAGCGGCGCAACCAGCGAUAGGCUUGCCAAAUACGCAAACACUCACAACAUCAAAUAGUGGCACAACAGCAGAAACAACAACAGCAACAGCAGCAACAGAUGGUCUGCAAACACCGAAGUCAAUAUCGGAACAACUACAAACUCUGAUACCCAAGCCCACGGUCAAAAUUACAGGCGACAAUGUCACAGCUGCCAACAUAGAAGACGGAUAUAUUCAGUUUGUCUUAAUGCAUGAUGCCUCUUACAUUAGCGACGGUAUCGAUAGCUUGGUCUAUGCGAAACGUAAGUUUCAAUCCGUACCUAAAACGGGCGACAUUUCCUAUACAACAUGGGACAUUUACCAACUCGUGUUGAAGUUACAUAAGCAAGAGAUCAAGAAUUGGUCGCAGUUAGUAGGACAAUUGGGUCUGCAUGACAUGGCUGGUCGACCGCAAUUUGCGCAACGAGUGAAACGAUGGAUGAACCGAUACAAAAUCGACUGUUAUUUCGACUAUUUGUUGGGCAAUGAAUAUCAGUUUGAUGCACCCGAGGGAAAGUACUCGACGUGCUUGAUGAUUGGCAACUACAAGAAGCGUAAAUCCGACAACAGUAGUAAUCACGUUAAUGCAGCAGCAAAUGACUCGGAUGAGGAGGAAUUGGAGGAGGAUCAGGAAGAUAAAGAGCAACGCAUUCCAGUCUUGCUUGCUGGCAGCAGAAAGCGCAUGAGGGAUGGUAGUCAUAAUAGCUUGCAGAUGAUUGAAAAUGCUCAAAAGUUCUUGAGGCCACACCAAUCCGAAACUGAAGAAGAAGAGGAAGACGAGAAAGAAGGAGACGAGGAGGAUGCGGAAGGCGAGGAAUUACAGGGAUCAGAUGCCGAGGAUGACUCAGAUAUGAAAACCAAUGCCAAUACUGACGAGGAUGUUGAAAUGGCAGAAGAUAUUGGUCAAGACGACGACAACAUGGAGGAAGAGGAAGAGGAAGAGCUUGCGGAAGAGGAAGAAGAUGAACUCGCUUCUUCAACAUCGUCACCCAUCUCUCCAGCGAGGAUCAUCAUACCAGCACCUGUCGUGAAUUCCUCGCCGCCAACAUCGCCUGCCAAAUCCAAGAUACCUUCACCCAUUAUCAGAGAACCAACCACUGCUUCUCCCAAUAUUGCAAAUGUAUCCCCCGCAGCAUCUUCUUUGACAAAAUCCAGCGCCGCAGCCUCACCUUCCUUUAUGCAUCGACCCAUGGUUGCCACAUCACCAGCAAUCUCUAACUUUUCCAUGUCAUCCUUCUCACCUGGAACCGCAAAGCUACCUUCAUCGCCGCCAAGACAACCUCCCCCACCACUCUCUCUGUUAUCUAUACCGCCACUGUCUUCUUGCUCGAAUUGCAUGGCAAACGAUGAAAAGGUGGCUAGCAUGGAAAGCGAGUUAUCUGAUCUACGGGCUCAUGUGGCUCAAUUGGAAUCACAGUUGGAAAAGCGGAAUACGCAAGUUAACAAACUGCUUCGUCUAAGGGACAGAACUGAAAGAUGGAGAAAACAGAUUAUCUCUGACUUGGCAAGAGGGCCCCAAAUAGCCUCUGAUAACGAUGACGAUGAUGAUGAUGAAGACGAUGAUGAUGACGAUGACGAAGACGAUGGUGACGAUGGAGAAAACCAUGCUAGUAUGAGCCAUAGUAAUAAUAGACCCUGA